GGUCGGUUGAAAUCCAGCAUCUUCCUACCUAGCUUUUCUCUAAUGGCUAGGGAGGUAUUCUUUCAACAACAGUAGCUGGAUUCUCUUCGCUGCGACAUAUACUGAAGCAAAUUUCACUCUUGGAUUCAACAUAUGUAUAUACUGUCAGAAACUACAUGAGUACCUGCUUUCAGCAGCAAAAGUUUGUUGUCAAUGGCAAAUUGAAGGAAAAAUAAGAGUAAGCAGCAGCUGAAGGGAUUAGUAACUUCUCUACUCUUGCUUAUUUCAUAUAUGUGCCAAUAAUGAGAGGCACAAGAUGAAUAUUGCAAGUUCAAAGGAAGCAGCAGAUUCUCCCUUAGGGCAAGAAGGGAUUACAAAUGAUGCUCAUAAGAGUGGCAAAGGUGCUGCUUCUUCGAGCUCAUCACCAUGGUUAAGGUUGAAGGAUCCUCGAGUAGUUCGUGUUUCUCGCGCAUUGGGGGGAAAAGACAGGCAUAGCAAGGUCUGCACCAUAAGAGGAUUGAGAGACCGGCGAGUAAGGCUUUCAGUACCCGCAGCUAUUCAGUUGUAUGAUCUUCAAGAUAGGCUUGGGCUCAAUCAACCAAGCAAGGUUGUUGAUUGGUUGCUUAAUGCAGCUAAGCAUGAAAUUGAUGAACUUCCUCCACUCCCAAUAUCCUUGGGGAACUUUGGCCUAAAUCAUCAAAUGAUGCUAACUUCUCAAGAAGCCAGUGCCUCACAAUCUAACAAAGAAGGGUUUAAAAGAAAUAGCAUCAAUUGGGAAAAUCCGGCUGGAGGGUUGUCAAGGUCGAGUUUAUGGAGUUCUGAUGCAUUUUGGAGGGCUGAAUCCAAAGAAGUUGAAAGGGAAGCAACCAACGAAGAGGAGAAACAAGAAAGCAGUAGUAAUACUACUCAUUCUUCUUCCGUUCCAGCUUUAUUAAAUAAUGCAGCUGCGCCUUACAGUUCUUUCUAUCAUUUUGAACCUUCAAAUUAUCCUUUCCCACACUUAGGAAGUCAUGGAUUUGCAUCACAAGCAGAAGAUCAUCACCUCCAAAGCUUUAAUAAUGUUGUACCGCUUCCUUCAUCUACAUUAUCUCUGGUAUGUCCUCCGCCGGCUGGGACAACUCAAUCAUUCUUUCCUAAUUCCCAAUCUUCAGCCCCUCUUGAGAUUGAUCCUAGACAAAUCAAUCACCAUUUCCAAAUGUUGAGCUCGGGUUUGGAACAUCCCUUACCAAACCCCCUUAACCCACCUGCAUUAUACUCCAUAAGGCACCAAUCUAGCACCACACCCUUCUCUUUGAGUAUGAGUAUUCCUAGGCCUCCCCAUUCCCACAGCAACAGUGGAAACCAUCCAGAUGGAAAGGAACAGGAAUUCCCUUCUAAAUAAUUAACAUGAUGAAAGGAUAUUGCAUCCACUCAGCCUCGCUUAAAGAAGAUUAUGAAAGGUACUGCUUGAAUUAAUUAAUUCAUGGUAUUCAUACUUUUUUAAUAUAUAUGUAUCAUUAUAGUUUCUAAACGUUGAUAAUUUUUUUUUUAUCAGAAAGUUUCUAAAGAUUUCAUGUUUGAUUCUAUCAUAAUUUUGUUUGAGUGUGUAAUUGUCUAAUAGUUGGAAUGAUUUAAACUUUGGUAGUACCAGUAUAUAGUAAAUAUUUUGGUAUAUC